CCAUCGCCCAUCCGCGCGUGCACUCAGCUACACGGCUCGUCAUAAACCUACGUGUGUGCUCAUAUGCUUCUACGUGCUUGUAGCUUGUACUUCCGUGUUUAUUUCAGCUUUCGGGGUUGAAACCGCAAAGAAACGAGGAAACCUUAAGACUCGUCAUAUGACUGCAAAGUUGUGUUGUAUAACUCAGCAAUCCACCCCGUCCAGCAGCAGUAUUGCCCAUUGGGGGUUAGCGCGAUGAGCUGUCAAUGGGCGCAGCUGGGGCUCCUGCGCAACCAAAACAUAAUCUUGCUGGGGCAUUCUAGAAGCGCCACAUAAUACGUUUGGCUCUGAAUCCGGCGGGGUUUCCCUUAGAGGGGGGAGAACGAGACUCACGGGAAUGGCGCGACUCUUCCCGCAAGCAGCUCACAGCGGGUCCAGGAGCCUAGUACUCAACUGCUCCGCGCCGGGGACGGGUCACGCGAGCAGGAGGCCGGCCGGCUCGUUGUGGCUGGCGGCCCUCGGCCCAGCCACGCAGUCGCCCAACCCCGACGCCUCCGCGCGCUCUGAUGAGCAGCAGCUGGAUGUGCCUCUGAGCCAGCAGCUGUCGCGGCGCCGCAGAGCCAAGGCAGCACCCGCACCGCCUGCAGACUCAGACGCUGCGGAGGGAGGUCCACUGCCCGCCCCCAUCCCCAGCACGCCCCGGCGUGGCAGGCCUCCCAAAGCCGCUUCUGCGCUCACAGACAACAGCUCCAGCACCAGUCAAAUCACCACAUCGACCUCAUCAUCUUUGCCUUUUCCUGAUGAACGCGCCACCAGCAGCAGUGGUAGCAGCAGCAGUGAUAGCAGCACCACCGGGGCCUCAUGGCAGCUAGGGCGGAGCCGGGAUGUCGCCGCUGACACUGCUGCGAGCGACGGAGCGGCGCCUGCACCUGGCCCGCCGCAGCACCCAGCCGUGACCUUCCGCAACGCGGCGGAGCUGCGACAGCUGCUGCAGGCACGCGCAGCGGCAGCAGCUGGUGAUGGUGGUGCGCCGUGGACAGAGGAGGGGCAGGAGGCAUCGGGCGCGACACAGGCAGCACAACCCAACAUGGACGCGGGCGAGGGAGCCGGGCCCCCGCCUGGCGCGGCGGGCACCAGCCACCGGCCGGCGGCCCCGGGGCCCACGGCACUGCCUCCACGCCGCUUCUUUGCGGCCGUGCCACCAGGGCGCAGCCGUGACUCCGGGACCAGCCAGUUCGCUGACGCUAGCGGGUCAUCCAGAGGCAGUAGCAGCAGCAGCAGCAGCAGCAGCAGCUGGGGCGGCCGGGCCGGCAGUAGCAUGCCGCCGCCGACGGCGCCAGCCCGCAGCAGCCGCGUGACGCACCUGCCGUGGAAGGGCGCGGCGUCCAGGGGCUCUGGGGAUGCCGACAGCACGGACGGAGCCGCGGGCGCCGCUGCCGAGGACGGCUCAUGGGAUCACGACAAGGACUAUAACAAGGCCAAGACCUACGCGCUGCGGCUGCUGCAGCGCACGCCGCUGGCCGCCGGCGAUCUGGGUCGGCGGCUGCAGGAGCGCGGCCACGGGCGGCAGGCGGUGGCGGCGCUGCUGACGUGGCUGGCGGACAACGGCGCGCUGAACGACGCGCUGUUCGCGCGGCUGUACGCGCGGUCCAAGUGGGUGGGCAACCUCACGGCGCCGGCCAAGAUCAAAAAGGACCUGGCGGCGCAGGGUGUGGCGGCGUCUCACGUGGCGGCGGCGCUGACGUUCGUGUUCGGGCCCUCGCACCGGGUGCGGCUGAGCGGGCACAGCCUGUCCGCGGAGGAGCAAGAGGUCCAGGACAUGUUCCUGGAGGCGGCGCGGAAGCAGGUGGAGCGGCGGGGCGGCGGUGGCGGCGGUGCAGGCGCCGGGGCCAGUGGCGGCGAUGCCGACGACGACGAUGAUGAGGGCCUGGCUGGCGGCGGCAGCGACAGCGAGCGGGAGGCGGCGGCGGCCUUCAAGGAGCGAGACCGCAGGCGUCGGCGGCUGGGCAUGUGGCUGCAGUACCGCGGCCACGACAUGGACCUAAUCAUCAAGACCUUCGGCGUGCUGCGCAUAUGAUAUGUGACGUGCGAUGGAGCCGGGCGCGCGCGCACACAGACUGCAUUUACUCUCGGGCGGACGAGCGCUUCGAUCCGCUCCCCGUGGCAAUGAAUGCACGGCACUGCGAGUUCCUUCCCUUGUGCUCUCUGACACGGUAGGGACGCAGCCCGGCCCGGGGUGCUCCCUGGCCCGGCCUAGCUCGUAGACACGAGGAGACGGGGUCCCGGUUGGCAGGGACUUGUACAGGCACGCUGUGUGUACGGGUAGUAAGCCGACACGGCAGGGCUUUCUGACCUGUUGAUGCGUAGCAGAGGAGUUAAGCUAAUGCAUGUCUGGUCGGACUGUGCAUAUGCCUGGAGCGCUGGCGAGGUUGAAGCAUGAAGACUGAGCUGGGUGAGCUGAAUGCGUGGGCAUGAGUGCACGGGCUGAAUGUGGAGGCCGUCGGCUGCUACGAGCAAGCCGGUGCCCAGCCAUUCGGCCGUCCGCCGUCCGCCGAGAGAUCUUACGGAGGGACUGAAACGAUCAGGCUCUGUUACAGGCGCCGUGUCGCGGGUGUGCUAGUUGCCCAUUGAUUUGGCUGUGAGCACGUGAGCACGUGAGUGCCCAUGUGGCCGCCAGGCAGGGACCAUGUGCAUAUGACGUGUGCCACGGCACCUC